AUGAUGUACGUCUCUGGCGAAACUGCAGAACCCUCCGUCGAAACCACAGGCAUCAUUGAAGAUAUCGUCCGGCAACAGGUCAUUGAACUGCUUCGAAAUUGCACCGAGCUCGCCGCCCGGCGUGGCUCAAAGUCCAUCAGCACCAACGACCUCAUCUUCCAAAUCCGCCACGAUCACGCCAAAGUAUCCCGCCUCCGCACAUUUCUCUCCUGGAAGGACGUUCGUAAAAACGUCAAGGACUCUGACGACAAGGGCGCCGACGCAGACAUUGCCGCCGGUGACGAUGCAGUCGGCGGCGUGGUCCCUGGAGGCCCCGUCGACGAAGCGGCCAAGAAGAACAAGAAAGCCAAGGUCGGCCUCCCCUGGGAUCCGUCAUCCUUCUACUCAGUCGAGGUCCCCGAGCGCGACGACGAAGAGGACGAAGAGGAGGAGGAGAUGAACUACAUCACGCUUCAGCGGCUGCGCAAGGCCGACGAGCGCACAAAGGCCAUGACCCGCGAGGAAUACGUGACGUGGUCGGAAUACCGUCAGGCAUCCUUCACCUGGCGCAAGGGCAAGCGUUUCCGCGAGUGGGCCGGCUUUGGCGUCGUCACGGACAGCAAGCCGUCGGACGACAUCGUCGACAUCCUCGGCUUCCUCACCUUUGAAAUGGUCCAGACCCUGACCGAGGUCGCGCUCAAGGUCAAGGAGCAGGAAGACAUCUCGCGCGCCCAGACCGGCGCCUCCACGGGCGAUUCCGGCCCGAACAAGAAGCGCAAGCACCAGCAGGGCCUCUUCGACCCCCCCAGCGAAGGCCGUUCGCCAAUCGAGCCCAGACACGUUCAAGAGGGCUUCCGCCGGUUUCAGCAGAGGCCCAAGAAAACGCGUGCUAUGCUCAACGGCACGAGGUUGGCACAGCAUACGACCCUUAACAUUAUUUAA